CGCCCACCUGGUUGAAAAGGAAGGAGUCUAACAACUUCACUGCACACCUACCACACUGGUAUGGUACAGUGCCAGUUUAUUGCCUUACACCGGCCCCUACUGGCCCCUGUCGACCAUUAGUGAACUAUUAUUAUUACGACCAGAAAAGCAUGCUCUGCAAGAAGGUCAAUCCUACUGCGUGCAGCGGAGGUGAUAACUUGUACAGUACCCAAGAAGGAUGCUACGAUGUCUGCGGCUCGGCGCAUGCCGAAAAAGAGAGGUACUGCAAACGGCGACCUCUCAGUGGCCCCUGCGAACCAGUACUUCAGACAUGGCACCAUGAUCGUCAUAAAAGGGUCUGCAAAAGACUUAACUACACCAUCUGUGGCCUCGGCGUCAAAGAGUUCGCCACCGAAGAGAUGUGUCUCAUUAUUUGCUUGCGAACAAAAAAGCCUAAACUCCUAUGCAGCCUGAAGCCAAGCUCUGCGCGAUGCUUAGGUAGAUCACGGACGUGGUACUUUGAUUUCCGGAGCAACGGCUGUUACAGGUUCCCAAGUGGUCACUGUGCAACGAAUGAGAAUGGUUUCACUUCGAGAGAAAAGUGCCUUGAGAGAUGUAGUUAUGAAAAAUAGCGGACGGACAGCCUACAGCUUCUAGAAAGGCCGCGGAAUCUGUAACCCUAUACAAGAUCCCGACUGAUUUUCUGACGACGAUGAAAACGUGUCCAUAGACUGCUACCUUGAAGUCGUUGUGCGCUGUGUUCACAAUAUAUCACACACCAGAACAACCAGUGUUG